AUGAGAUGUAGAUGGCGACGACAUGCUGACGAAAUAAUAGAAGUGAAACAGAGAUUGGUGACUUUUCCUGAUCUUGUUGAUUUCGUCGAAAAGGAAUCGAGAAUAGCCAACAAUCCUAUAUUUGGUAACAUCUCGGAAAGUCCAAAGGCCUGGCCGGCAAAGGGUAAAAGCAAUGAAGUACCUAAGUCAAGACAAACGAAUUACAAGGGAUCCAGUUUCGCCACUGAGAUGCAGGUAACGAGAGGAGCAAAUAAUUCUUCAUCACGAAAGGUGGACAAGUCAUGUGAAUAUUGCAAUCGUAGAACUAAUCAUGUUUUGGAAGAAUGUGACAUUUUAAGAUGCAAACCCUAUAAAGAGCGCAUCGGAUUCUUGAUGGAAAAGAGAUUUUGCUUUGGUUGUCUACGAGAGGGGCAUAUUGCAAAGAAUUGUAUGGAUAGAGCUACAUGCAAAAUUGCCAAUUGUCUUCGAAAGCAUCCCACAGUCCUUCAUACCAAUACUAACGAUAUUGGAAAGAACAGAAUCUACACGAGAAGCGCUGAGAAAGAAGACAAAGGCACUUCGACUGAAGGUAUCAAAGAAGUUAAUGUUGGAUCCACUACCUGUGACGACAACAAGCAACGUCCUACCCUAACAGGGGCCGGGAAAUCCGUCAUCGCCCGAGCGAUUGUACCUGUCAAAGUUAGAGUCAGAGGCACAGAUGAAGCUAUUAUUACGUAUGCAUUCCUUGACAAUGGAAGUGAUUCAACGUUCUGCACAGAGAUACUGGCUCAGCAAUUAGGUAUCGAGGGUGUCAAAACCAAGAUCGCGCUAACGACAAUGGAGCAGAAAAACAGUCUCGUAGACAGUUCUAUUAUACAUAAUUUAGAAGUUUCCGACCUAGAUGAGAAUAAUUUUAUACGAUUGCCUGUUAUGUUUACAACGAAAGAAAUCCCAAUAAUCAGAGAUGAUAUUCCUAGGCAAGAAGACAUAGAACAAUGGACUCAUCUAGAAGGAAUUCACUUACCGAACGUGGACGCACAAGUUGGUCUUCUUAUUGCAAGCGACGUACCAGAAGCACUAGACCCCCUGGAAGUAAAAAAUAGUCAGGAUGGUGGUCCCUACGCAACAAGAACAGCAUUGGGCUGGGCAGUUAAUGGUCCGCUGUAUCGUCAACAUGAAAGAUAUCACACCAGAAACUUUUUUGUAAAAUCAGACGUACAGUUGAAUGAAAUAGUAAAGGAUGCUAUCAAUCGAGAUUUCAACGAGUCGAUCGCUGAUGACCGGACAGAAUUGUCACAGAAAGAGCAACAAUUCAUGGACAACGUAAAGAACACAGUUGAAUUGAACAAUGGUCAUUAUUGCAUUGCACUUCCAUUCAAAGAUGAAAAGAUUCAAAUGCCUAACAAUAAACCUCAAGUGGAACAGCGAGCCUUUUGGUUGAAACAGAAGUUGCAAAAGAAGCCCAAGUUCUAUGCUGACUAUAGAACGUUCGUGGAAAACCUCAUCCAAAAGGGUUAUGCUCGAAAAAUACCACUAGAUCGCUUGGAUCGACAAGAUGGUAAAGUUUGGUAUAUUCCCCAUCACGGUGUUUACCACCCUCACAAGCCAGACAAAAUCCGUGUGGUGUUCGAUUGUUCGUCCAAGUAUAAAGGCGAGUCCCUCAACAACCAUCUUUUACCUGGACCUGACUUAACCAACCAAUUGAUUGGAGUAUUGAUGAGAUUUCGUCAAGAGCCUAUCGCCUUCAUCGCCGACAUUGAAGCUAUGUUUUAUCAGGUCCGAGUAGCAGAAUCUAAUAUCGAUUGCCUCCGGUUCCUUUGGUGGCCUGAUAGUAACCUGGAAAAAGAUCCAGAGGAAUAUCAAAUGUUGGUGCACCUAUUUGGGGCAACAUCAUCGCCUAGCUGUUCCAAUUACGCCUUACUACAAACGGCAGAAGAUAACAAAGACAACUACGAAGCAGAAGUGAUCAACACGGUAAAACGGAACUUUUAUGUAGACGAUUGUCUUAAAUCUACACCUACCGCAGAACAUGCCAUUACCCUUGUCCAUGACCUUCGCGAGCUCCUAAGCAAAGGCGGUUUUCACUUAACGAAAUGGUCCAGUAACAGUCGCAAAGUUCUGCAGAGUAUUCCCAGUGAAGAACGUGCUAAAGAGGUGAAAGAUCUGGACUUAAACCAAGACAAGCUGCCAAUUGAGAGAGCAUUAGGAGUGCAAUGGUGAUGAAUUUGGAUUCAAAAUCGUUAUCAAAGAUCGACCACCGACAAGACGUGGUAUCCUAUCAGUAGUAAGUUCCAUCUACGAUCCUUUUGGAUUCCUGGCACAAGUUAUCUUACCCGCGAAGUUGAUCCUUCAGGAGUUAUGCCGUAUGAAGUUAGCAUGGGAUGACAAGAUACCGAGCAAGUAUUUAUCUUUUUGGCAUCAAUGGUUAGUCGAUCUUCCCAAACUGUCCAAGUUUACGAUUGCUCGAUGUAUCAAACCACCUGAUUUUACAGUCAAAUCCACGCAGUUACAUCAUUUCUCCGACGCUUCUGAGAAAGGAUACGGCUCAGUUUCCUACCUACGCCUGUUGAGCCAUGACGACACAGUCCACUGUAUGUUCUUGAUGGGAAAGUCUCGCCUGACACCGUUAAAGCCAAUGACAAUUCCACGUCUAGAACUAUCCGCCGCCACAGUUUCAGUUCGCGUCGACAUGAUGUUGGAGAGAGAGUUGGAUCUAUCAGCUGCUGAGACGACGUUUUGGACAGACAGUACUUCUGUUGUUCGAUACGUGGAAAAUGAAGACAAACGAUUCCAUGUCUUCGUCGCUAAUAGGAUUGCAAUUAUUCGUGAAAGAUCAGUGCCUACACAAUGGAGACAUGUAAACGGCAAAUUAAACCCCGCAGAUUAUGCUUCGCGAGGACUUUCAAUCAACGCAUUUCUCAAAACUAGCCAAUGGAUCAACGGACCAGAAUUUCUUUGGAAUUCUAAUGCCGAGUGGCCUCAACGUCCCCCAGUUUUGGGUGAAAUUCCCGCUGAUGACCCAGAAGUUAGACGUGAAACUGCUGUUUGUACAACCGACGUCCACAAUCACCAAGUUAGAGACAAUUACCUCUACAGUAUCGUGGAUAGAUUUUCAUCUUGGUACCGCGCCAAGAAAGUAAUAGCAUGGAUUUUACGAUAUCGUACGAAGUUACAACAAGCCAAUUCUAAACGUAAAGAAGGAAAGAUAAUCGAGUUUCCAAAGUCACCAAAUGUAAAGUUGUUGCUUCUCCGGAUUGAUGAAGUGGAAGCGGCAGGUAAAGAGAUUCUAAGAUGUGUUCAGCAUUGUUCGUUCUCGGAUGAAAUAAAAGCCCUUCAAACGAACAGUACAACGGCAGAAGAAUGUAAUAAAACCAAGAAAUAUUCUCGCGUGAAGAAGUCCAGUCCUCUGUCCAAGCUCGAUCCUGUAUGGCAGAACGGUCUUUUACUCGUAGGUGGACGAUUACAAGCUGCAAGCAUACCAGAUAACGCAAAGCAUCAAGUUAUCCUACCAAAGAAUAACCAUGUUGCUGAUAUUAUUAUCCGACACUAUCAUUAUAUUUCUGGUCAUCUUGGAAGAGAAUACGUCUUGGCGCUUAUUCGCCGAAAGUUCUGGAUCAUCCAAGCUAACUCAGCCGUUCGAAAAGUUCUUUCAAAAUGUGUGAAAUGCAGAAAGAGAAAAGCCGAAGUCCUUAACCAGAAAAUGGCCGAUCUACCUGAAGACCGUCUAAUUCCAGACCAACCACCAUUCACCUAUGUUGGGAUAGACUAUUUCGGGCCGUUUGUGGUGCGUCGCGGCAGAAGUCUGUUAAAGAGAUAUGGUGCAAUUUUUACGUGUUUGACAAUUCGAGCUGUCCAUAUCGAAGUUUCCCAUAGCUUAGAUACAGAUUCCUUUCUUCUCGCCUUGCGAAGAUUUCUUGCCAGGAGAGGUCAAGUAAAGGAGAUAAGAUCUGAUAAUGGCACAAACUUCACCAGCGGAGAAAAAGAGUUGCGCGAAGCUGUUGGGAAAUGGAACCAAGCUAAAAUCCAUGAUCAUCUGUUGCAGAGAAAUAUAAAGUGGUUAUUUAAUCCUCCAUACGGGUCCCAUCAUGGUGGAAUCUGGGAGCGUUGCAUUAGAACAGCCAGAAAUAUAUUGAGAGCCUUGUUGAAGGAACAAGUGAUAGAUGACGAAAGUCUGCACACCCUAAUGUGUGAAGUAGAAGCCAUAAUGAAUGGACGGCCCAUCACCAAAGUGAGUGACGAUGCAAGAGACCCAAAUGCCUUAACACCAAACCACCUGCUGUUAGCUCAUUUCAACCCAAUCUUCCCACCAGGCGUCUUCACAAGAUCGGACGUUUACUCAAAGAGGAGAUGGCGCCAAAUUCAAUAUCUAACAGAUAUAUUUUGGAAGCGGUGGACGCGUGAAUAUCUUCCUUUGUUGCAGGAGAGACAAAAAUGGCUUACGCCGAAACGGAAUGUAGCAGUAGGGGAUAUUGUGUUGUUGGUGGAUUAUUCUUCGCCCAGAAAUUGCUGGCCAAUGGGAAAAGUGCUGAAUGUUUUUCCUGACAAGAACGGUUUGGUGCGCAGCGUCAGAAUUCAAACAAAAUCGAGUGUAUUCGUAAGGCCAAUUGACAAACUUGUCCUAGUAUUGGAAGCAGAUUAAGACAGUAAGAAAUUUGUUUAUGAACGGAGUAACAGACAUUUAUUAUGUGUAAAUUAUUAAGUGUAAAUUGACGUUUUCCACUUAAAGAGGCCGGUGUGUAAUGUCUGUAAAUAAUAUGCUGAUAAUGAUAGGUUAUACAUGACUGGUUUUGUCUGUAAAUAAUAUGCUAAUGAUAGUUAUAAUGCAUGACUGCUUUUGCAUGUUAUAAAGGCUUAUGUUUUUAUACCGGUGAGCAGUUCGUCACCAAAUUUGUAUACCGUAUUUAUCGCCCGUUUGGAGUCUUAGUAAGAAAUAAAGUUACAAUAAAAGUUUAAACUGAUAAUACGCGUAUUACAAUACCUGAAUAUUGACAGUUAGCCGUUUGGCAGUUACAAGUACAUCAUAUUUUAAAAAAUACAGCAGUUCAAAAUUAGACUUUCCAAAGUCCGCGGUUCGUGGUUCCUGGAAGCGACGGACUUUUGUCACCCGCAAGCGCGCCAAAUUCACCGGUGCAUUUUUGCUCCGGUGACGUCAGUGAAUGCUCAUUAUUAUUCUCUACUAACGACGCCAAAACAAUAAUGAACUAGUGAAAUCGACAUGGUGAACGCCCACUAUGUCAUAAUUGAUUUUCGCGCCAAAUUUUUCAGUAAGAUUCAAAAUCAGGCAAGUGACACAAGUCGCUCGUCGCUUCCGUCUUUCUCAAGCGCUCCCUUCUUACUACGCGCGGUCCCUAGCGAGCGACUUGGGCAAGUCUAGUUCAAAAUGUAAACAAACCGUUUGUUGACAUUACGGACUCGACUUCCACUUUAAUAUCUCACUCUUGCAGUCUUCACUUACAUGGGAAACAUUCAAAAACUAAAGUUGUAUUUCCACACGGCCAUGUAUUAAGUUGAGUGAGUUGUCCUUCCCCAUCCCCCUUCAUGACAAUACAUGAUUGAUGUUCAGACUCGGUUGAGAAGGUUUAUAUCAAUUAACCGAAAAAAUCGAGGUGUUUUUUCAAAAUCGGUGUAUCAUUGGUUCUGAAGGAUCGUAGGACUGUAUAAUGAUAACGAUAGUAGGCCUACUUCUGCAUGAAUGCAAAUCGCUUACGAAGGAAAGCCACUUGUUAACCUUGGAAGAGUAAUAAUUACUUUGCAAAUUUUUUUUUGAUUAUCGGUUUCAGUUAUUUUUUAACUUCUUCAGCCUCGGUCAAAUUCUUUCCGGCCUCCUCCCCCAAGGGAGUUACAUAUAGUUUGAACGACCCAUGCAAGAGAAAUAACUUGUGUCGUUGCAGUUACUUUUAACACAGUAGAGAAAACUUUUUGCUGUGUAGGGCAAGUCUAUCCACCAUCUAAUCAGAGCGUGAUAGUUGUUUUACCUGGAUCAACUGCCAGACUAAAGUGGUCAUUUGUGGGCAAUCCUGCUCUAGCAUCUGUACUUUGGUAUUUCACAAGAAGAGGUGGUUCAAAGGCGGAAGAGCUUGCUGUAAAAUUUCGCACCAUGGACGUUUUAAUUGCUAACAGCAGCCUGCCUGGGGUUGCAAUAGAAACACCAGCAACGUUGGUUCUAAAGAAUGUUGAUGAACGUUAUAAUGGAAAAUACUACUUUAAUGUUCUAGUAUCUGGUGGAAGUGGUGAGGUUGCAGUUGAGGUUUUUGUUUUAGGUACGUUUUGUUGAAGUACAGUAGGUAACAUUUCAGAUAUGCUUAUAAUUCUAGGUUGCAUGGACAUGGCAAAGGUGGUCAAGGCAACGUGCACGGUAGAAAUCUUUACCAUUAUAAUUUUAAUUAGUUCGUAAAGGGAAUGAAACACUAAGGCAACAUCUGCAGUGGAAAUGUUUACUAUUAUAUUGAGCUACACUUUCGCCUACAUAGUGACUUUCCAAAAUAAACUCUUUUGUUGUUUCAUUACAUUUCAGAGAAACCAACUGUGACAUUCAAUUGUUCCAGGCCCAUCAUAGUAAAUGAAGGUGAUGAUGUCAAGUGUCAAUGUCGAGGUGAAGGUGGAAAUCCUCCUGCAGACGUUACAUGGUAUAAAGGUAGCAACAAAAUUGGUGGAACAGGAAGAGAAGAACAAUCAUUAACUUUCAGUAACGUUGAUAAAACAGCCAGUGGAACAUAUAAAUGUGUAGCCAAGAGCCAUAAUGUAACGGAUGAAAAAGCAAUCGAAGUAAUUGUUUAUUGUAAGUAGAUAAUUGCAUGCAUGAUAUUAACUUCAUAUUAACAAAACUUCAAAGAGCAAUACAUGUAAAUUAUUUCAAAAUUCUUGUUAGAAUAUAUUUCAAAUGAUAGGAGUAUGCACCUUAUAAUGCCGAAAAUGCUUAAUUAUACCUAUAUCAGCACUGAAAUCCUUUGGCUACAUGCAUAUUGGCUGAAAGCGUAAACAAUUCGGCUAUCUCAGUAUUUACAAUGAAUAAAGGCAUGCAAAGCUUCCUAUCAGCGAGCCCCAGAUCCUCAUCAGUGCAAAUAAAAAUUUUAUCAUUUAGUUAUAAAGAGUUUGUGUUUUUAUCAUAGACGCAGUUCCACCUACAGUGAUACGCCUUACGUCGACUCCGGAAAAUGUCGUAUUUGGUGAAUCAGUUGUGAUAACGUGUGAAGCUAUAGCCGUACCUUUACCAAGUUAUACUAUAAUCCAUAACGACACUGAAGUCGUCAGUACUCACAAGACAUAUAUAAUAACUGUUCUUGAAUAUAGUCAUGCUGGGUCAUAUAAAUGUAUUGCAACAAGCGUACUUGGAAAUAGUUCAAAGGAAUUCAGUUUGUCUGUCGGAGGUAACUAUAACAUAUACAAUCUUUUCUAUGAUUGAAUUAUCUUUUAAAAAGUAAUAUACUGUAGUCUAUCAAGCUGAAAAUGUACUAGGCAAAAAGGGCAGAUUCUUUCUUAACAAUCUGAUUUCAUUUACAGUAACACGAACAACGAAUGCUCCAACUACAAAAGAUUUCGGACCAGGUAAGGUGGUUUUCUUUUCCUAACAUGGUUCAGAAAGUAUGAUGUUUGUUUUCUUUUUAACUGACAAGAAACAAAUUGUUUAGAAAAUUGGUAAGUCCAUAUCGGUAACUGUAUUCUUCUUAAUUUUCAGGAAAAGCAGCUUCAGAAGAAUGUAAUUGCAGUGGAACUGUAUGGUAUAUGGUUGUGGUAAUAUUGGUGUCUGGGAUUAUCAUUGGAAUUCUUCUUUCCUACAUUGUCUCAUGUUCUCGUCGUAAAUUUAGAAGCAAGAAACUGAAUUCAAAUCCCGAACCAAAGACAACUGAAGUUGAAAUAACUUAUCAAGAGCUUGAUCUUUCAAAAAUGAACACAGAAGACAAUUAUCAAUCAUUGAGAGUUAAUGCUGGAAAUAAUGAGGAGGAGUCAACUUAUACUGAAUUAAACCAAAUCAGAGAUGUGGAGGAUAACUACCAAUCUCUAACUUGA